UCCUGAGCUGGUGGGCUGUUGCGGCGGGCGCGUCGAAGGAGGGAGAGCAAAGCACGCGACUUCACCUCUUCCUAGUGGCCGGGGGGCUCGGCUGCUUCCCAGGCAGCCCCAUGAAGAAGCCGCCCCUUGGCUUGGCCUCCUAGCCCGCUUUGCGGCGCCAGCCCCAGCCGCCUUUCGCCAUGAGCUGUCUGGAUGUUAUGUACCAAGUCUACGGUCCUCCCCAGCCUUACUUCGCAGCAGCCUACAGUCCUUAUCACCAGAAAUUAGCCUUUUACUCGAAGAUGCAGGAAGCCGCCGAGAGCGCCAGCACCAGCGGCAGCAGCAGCUCCUCCUUCUCCAACCACGCCGCCCCGGCCAGCAUCAAGGAGGAGGAGUGCAGCCCGGAGAAAGAGCGCCCCCCCGAGGCCGAGUACAUCAACGCCAGGUGUGUCCUGUUCACCUACUUCCAAGGGGACAUCAGCGCCGUGGUGGACGAGCACUUCAGCCGAGCCCUCAGCCAGCCCAGCAGCUACUCGCCCAGUAGCGCGAGCCUCAAAGCCGUCGCAAGGAGCUCCGCCCCUUGGAGAG